UCUUUUCUCCCUCUCUCUCUUCCGCACGCGGCAGCGGCACCGCCAGGGAGCAAGGUGGCGGCCGGCCGGCCGGCGAGCUCCCCCUCCGCUUUCUCCCUUGCGGCGGCCCAGGACGGGCUCCUCCCGGCUUGUUGGUAGUGGUGGUGUAAUAGCAAAUUUCUCCUCCUGUCUCGUUUUCCCGUCUCGUCUCCUCCCGGCUUCGCCCUCCGCCUGCGCCGAUCUCCCGUGAGAGCAGGGGCGCUAUCGUCCUGCAUCCUCACCGCUUGGAGUUGAUUCCAUAUCUGGCAUAAGGCAAUACGGCAAUGGCCACAUCGUCAGCAUAUCCUCCACCUCCUCCAUAUUACCGAUUAUACAAGGAUUACGAAAAAGAUCCCUCAUCUGCACCUGAACCCCCACCGCCAGUUGAUGGACCAUACCAACUCUUUGGUGCUACCUACACAACAGAUGUUGUGCUGCCAAGCUUAGAGGAUCAAGGUGUUCGUCAGCUUUAUCCUAAGAGCCCAAAUAUCGAUUUCAAAAAGGAGCUAAGAACCCUGAACAGAGAGCUUCAACUCCACAUUCUGGAGCUAGCAGAUAUUUUAGUGGAGAGACCAUCUCAGUAUGCUCGUAGAGUAGAAGAUAUUUCGCUCAUUUUCAAGAACUUGCACCACCUUCUUAAUUCCCUACGGCCUCACCAAGCCAGAGCCACACUGAUUCACAUGCUUGAGAAUCAAAUACAGCGUCGCAAACAAGCAAUUGAAGAUAUAAAGCAGAGGAGAGAAGAGGCACAAAAGCUACUUGGGGAAUCGCUGCUUAUCUUAGAUGGAAACCAGCCGAGCUUGCCUGCUAUGUGAAGACGUUAUUUUUCUGUUUCUUAGCGUACCAAGUUGUCUCGCAUAAAAGACUGACAAGCUCUUUGAGGCGUUUGUUGACCAAUGCAUUUGGCAGUUCUCUGCAGAAGUAGGUUAGUAGCAGAGGGAGAUACUUCUGGCUUUGUGUAAACGGAUUAUUUAUUAGUAUCUGCUUCUAUGUUGUGAUUUGUAAAUCGUUAAUCAUUAAACCUAUUCUUAAGCUGGCAAAGCUUCAACGAUCUCCUGUAACUUCAACCAAGAGCAACUUAUUAUGUUGAAAACAAGGAGCAGCGAUAAGAAAUGCUGUUUGAUAACGUUUAGAAUCUACAUGUUUAA